AUUUUGGAAAGUCACGUGACAAUCACGUGAAGUAAUGGAAAUGUAUCGACUGCAAUUUGUUGCGAUCAUUAUUGUACUAUUUUCAUCUUGUUUUGGAGUGAAUGCUUCACCCAAAUAUGUCGAGAAACAUUUUGAUCAAAGGCUAGAUCAUUUCAAUUUCGUUUCAUACGGUGACAAAACGUUUAAACAACGUUAUUUGAUACAAGAUCAAUGGUGGAAUCCGGGUAAAGGACCAAUAUUUUUCUACACUGGUAAUGAAGGCCCUAUAACAACAUUCUGGGAUGCCACAGGAUUUGUGUUUGACAUAGCACCUCAAUUUGGAGCUCUUGUAGUGUUUGCAGAGCAUAGAUACUAUGGGGAGUCUCUACCAUUUGGGAAUGCCACAUUUGAGCCAGCAAACAUGGGUUUGUUAUCAGUGAACCAGGCGUUAGCUGACUAUGCUUUGUUGAUCAAGUUCUUGAAACAAUCACUCAAUGCUACCGAUUGUCCAGUCAUAACCUUUGGUGGAAGCUAUGGAGGAAUGUUGAGCGCGUACAUGAGGUUCAAAUAUCCUAACAUGGUGAUAGGAAGUAUAGCAGCUAGUGCCCCUAUCAAUCUGCUCACCCAAUCACUUGACAGAAGUUUCUUCUUUACUGCUGUAACCAAGGAUUUCUCCAUGGCAACACCGUUCUGUGAAAGCAAAGUGAAGCAGGCUUUUAUAAUCCUGAUGCAAACUGCAGCACAAGGAGCUUCAGGAUUGAAGAAAUUGUCAGACCUGUUUAAGCUGUGUAAACCUCUGAGUAACAAUGAUGAUUACUUUCAUCUCCUUGGCUGGAUCAGAAACUCCUUCACAAAUCUUGCCAUGUUUGACUACCCAUAUCCCACUGACUUCUUUAGUAAGUUACCAGGAUAUCCUGUAAAGGAAGCAUGCCAGUAUAUGGAGGAUAGUAUAGACCCAGCUGAAGGUCUAGCUAAGGCAGCUGGACUGUUCUACAACGGUACAGAUGGCACCUUGAAGUGUUUUGAUAUUUUCAAACAGUUUGUUGAAUGUGCUGACCAAACUGGGUGUGGCGUUGGUCCUGACAGUAAAGCCUGGGAUUAUCAGGCAUGCACAGAGAUAACAUUGGUUGGUGGAAGUAAUAAUGUUACAGACAUGUUUCCAGCAAUGCCAUGGACACCAGAUAUGAGAAAUGAUUACUGCUAUAAGAAGUGGAAAGUUAUUCCUAGAAACACAUGGAGUGAAGUAGAAUUCUGGGGAAAAGAUAUUGGAGCAGCUACAAAUAUUGUGUUUUCAAAUGGUGACCUUGACCCUUGGAGAGGAGGAGGGGUAUUGAAGAGUCCUAGUGCUGGAAUUCAAGCUGUGACUGUGACAGGUGGCGCCCAUCAUUUAGAUCUAAGGGCAAAGAAUGUUCAUGACCCUAUUAGUGUGAUGUCAGUGAGGGAAGUAGAAAAACAGGCUAUCAGAAAGUGGAUUAAUUCUUAGAAAACACCAGCAAGGAAGCAAAGCGGAAAUCUAGAAACACCACAAAACAUGUCUACCACUUUCAUUGCAUUCCAUAAUUAUCUAGAAUCAUUUUUGACUGGUCUCAAAACGUUAAGCGGUGGUUUUGUCAGGAUUUGAUAACAUUAUUGAUGAACAGUCAAUUACCAGAUUUGGAGUUGUAUUUUAGCCUUUAGCAUAUCAGAAUUGAAAUUUGUUAUGCAACUGUGAUUGUAUUAAAAAUUGUUUUGAUUUUUUGUUUGUAUUUUUUGCCAGUCAUACAACUGUUGCUUUACACCUUUUUGAAUAAUUAUAUAUUUUUUUAAAGAAAUUAUAUGCAAAUAUACUGCAUCUAGUGCUGAUGGAAAAUCAUGUUGCAAAAAAACAAAACAAUUUUUUUUUUUUUAAAUUAUGUAUUUUGUUAAAUAUCUGGAAAAAAGUGAUCCCUCAGAAGCAUUAAAAACAGCAGAGUUACAUGAAAAUUGCAGACUCAGUUUGAUUGAGUCUUUACAUGGAGGGAUAAUGAAAAAGUGAUAACCUGAGAUUAAAAGUAAAACUUCCAUGAUAUAAAACAAAUGGUUAGUUACCGCACAUUGUAAUUUUUAUGAUUACUUAUUUGAUAUUACAAACAACAAACGUAAUUUUACAUUAUGUUUUUUUUUUACCUUAUUUUGUUGACAAUUUUUUUCCUAACUCCACAUACUAAGAUCCAAAAGUGCUGCAAGAUUAAGUUGCUGUAGGUUCGAAUCCAGUCUUUAAUUCUUUUAUGUGAGGAAUCUAUAUCCACCUAGCUUAACCCUUUCCCCCAUGAGCAUAUUGUGAAAAAUGGCCGUUUUCACUGAAAAGCCUCCUGUUGCAAGUUCAAACUGCUAUGAAACUAUGAAAAAUGCUUCAAUACUAAUCAAACUUGGCACAAAUGUUGGCUGGACCAUUGCCUUUGUAACAACAUGCUCAGUCUUAAAUUUCCUGUUACCUUGGCAACGAGGGGACAUCUCAAAAUUGCCAAAAAUCACUAUUUUGCCUCGAUUUUUUCCAUCAAAAUUUAUUUCAAAGUGCUGCAACUUCUCAAGGGAUUGAGAUAGAGUCAAAGGCUUUUCAGCGUUGGAUACACGUUACAUUAUGAUCGACCUGGGGUCAUUUUUA